AUGGAGUUUACGCUGCUUUGUAACCUCGGAGGUCCUCGCAAUGCCAGCGUUUCUUUGCGGCUCCGCCUAUUGCAUGUGUGGCCGGCGAAGUCCCCGGGGGACAUUAGGAUCUACAAUUACUGCACUCUUUGGGUCGACGAAACAGGUAUGCUGAUACAAGGCGUCUCACCGACUUCGAUGGCUACCGGGAUUUGCCGUAAUCUCUCAUUGAAUUUGCGUGCCAGUAACCAUCGUUAUUUGACAGAUGUCGUUGGCCGACUCAGUUCGAUCAGCAGGAUAUCGCACAAGAUCACAAAUAACGGUCCUGCAGUCAAGCAGACGUUCAUAAUUGAGGAUGAAAGCGGAGCGAAGGUCUCGAUUACGCUCUGGGAUGAGUUUUCUGCGGUCUUGGAUCACGUUGCUUUGACUCAGGCUGACUCUAUUGAAGCUGUGAUUUUGGCAUUUGGCGGCUUGCUGGUCAAUAAGCUGGGAGAUGAUUAUGUUCUGUCGAGUUGUGCCGCUACUCGCAUAUCAGUCAAUCCUCCUGUACCGAAGGCUUAUUUUCUUGCGUCUAGGUUUGCUGAGAAACAUGAGGUUGUUGAAUCCUUGCCGGUUGAGUUUGCUACUGCCGCUGAUGCUACUGCUGAUACCGAUCGUCGAACGAGGACUUUGAGUCAGCUGCUGGCGUUAUCCAGAACAAAUGCCUCAGUAGAAGAGAAGUAUCGGUGUGGUGGAGUGAUUGUCGAUGUUGAGUCAAGCACACCUUGGUAUUAUAUUUCAUGCAAGUUAUGUUCGAGGGCUGUUUCGAAGCGUCGUGAUGAUACAUUUUGGUGUCCAAAGGAUUGGCAGUUGGAUGAGGAACAAACUCGCGUAAAUUACAAGCUCCAGCUUACACUGAGGGAUGACUCCUGUGAGGCGCGUUUUAUACUGAUGGGGGGGUGUGCGCUUACGCUGGGGAACGUUUCCGCCGCACAUUUGGCCCAAAGGUUCCCCCAUCGUCCUGGUCAGCUGCCCCCACAACUGCAUAAGUUACGAGGGCAGUAUGUCAAGUUUGAUUGUAGGUUGCCGUUGCCGGGCCCAACUGGUUUCUCCUCGGGAGAAUUCCGUGUGACCCAGGUGGUUCCUCUUGAUGAUCCUACUGUGGUGGGUGAUCUGCUUGAGUUUUCUUCGCCCCCUCGGUUGGCUGCUCCUAUGAUGCGUGCAUCGAGUGUCGGGGGGGGGGGGGGCUCUGGUUCAUCGAGGGCCUCGAAGGGAAAGGAGAAGGUUUCAGACUCUCUUCUCAUUGAAACUCCGGCUAUGCCGUUUAGCAUCACUGAUGAACCAGAUCUGAUUGGCAGGUCCAUCACGGCCGAGGAAAACGCGCUAUCAGAACAUGAAGCAAUUGGUAUCCAGAGAUAUAACUCGACCCAUAUUUUGUCAGGAAUAGAGUAUGUGUGA